CGAAAUCAUUUUUAUUAAUUUUUUGAUGGUACCUAACAAUAUGGUUAAACAUAUUAAUUUGUUGUCUUUAUGUCUCAUGUUCUAUGUAAUUGGAAAUUUAGAUGCAACGUUAACAAGACAACAUCAGUUUAAUCGUGCAGUGGAAUGCUUUAGGCAAAUGUUUGAUGAAAACCUCAUGGUUGGGUCAAAAGAAUAUCAAAAUAACCCAAGUGAAACGUUUGAUACCGUUCUGGCUAAUUUCUCGAAUACAAAAUUUCAUGAUAUUUCAAGAGCGGAUGUUUUACAGGGAAAACUCCCUACUGAUUAUAAAAACAAACAAUAUGAUAUAACCAAGACUUCAGAUCAUAUAAUGGGAGCCGUGAUUUCAUUGUUUGUAUUUAAUACUUUUAUAAAAAGUAAUGAUUUUGAUCAAAGAAUCAAUGAUUUAAAGAAGAAAGUGAAUAAUCAAGAACUUAUAAUUGAUCCAUUGCGUACGUUUAUUGAUGGAUAUGGAAAUAAAAACGCAAAAUUUACUUGUUCAACACCAAAUAUAUUUUGUAAUGAAUACAGAUCGGAUGAAAAAUUUGCCAUUAAUUUACCAGAGGAUCAAAUGAAUAAUUUUGAUACCUUAGUGUCUAUGUUCUCUUCGGCUCCAAGAACACUUCAAGCUUUAAUGAAAUAUAUUGAGUUAGAAAGUAUUCAAGUGUACUCAGAUAACUUACUUAUAUGUGGUGGUUCUCUAAAAGUGAAUCAACUUGAUAACGGUCUUUCAUAUGAGGAUGUUUUAAAUGGAAAAAUCCCCAAUACUCCAGAUAUGUUAAUGGAAGAGGCGAUCACAGUUUUUGUUUGUAAGUAUUCACAGUACUAG